CUUCAGGUUUCAGUGCAGUGAGCAAUGGCGGUGCUGCGUCGUUAUUAUUUCGCCGGCGCCCGCGUAUAAAUCCAGCCUCUCUCCACUUUCAGAAACUCAUUCCCAUCUCGUCGAUUUUCCCGUUCUCUCGCCGACGGGGAUUCGCCGGAAGAAAGAGCGAGCUCUCCCUCUCGGUCUGCAGCUCGAAAUCGACAUUCAUUUCUGGGUUUUUGGAGGGGGCGGCUGAUUGUUUUCCCCGAGCCGUUUUGAGCCAUGGCGCAUCUGGGAGGAGGUGCCGAGGCGCACGCCCGGUUCAAGCAGUACGAGUACAGGGCCAACUCGAGCCUGGUCCUGACGACCGACACGCGGCCCCGCGACACCCACGAGCCCACCGGCGAGCCCGAGUCCCUGUGGGGGAAGAUCGACCCGAGGAGCUUCGGCGACCGGGCGUACCGGGGCAGGCCCCAGGAGCUCGACGAGAAGCUCCAGAAGGCGAAGAGGAAGAAGAAGGAGCGGGACUUGGUCGCGGAGACCGCCCCUAGGCAGGCCAAGAGGCGCCGGCUCCGGGAGGAGAGCGUGUUGACGUCCACGGAGGAAGGGGUUUACCAGCCCAAGACGAAGGAGACCAGGGCUGCGUACGAGGCGAUGCUCAGUGUUAUUCAGCAGCAGUUGGGCGGGCAGCCGUUGAAUAUAGUUAGCGGCGCGGCGGAUGAAAUUUUGGCUGUGUUGAAGAACGACACGUUCAAGAAUCCUGAUAAGAAGAAGGAGAUUGAGAAGUUGUUGAACCCUAUUCCAAACCCUGUUUUUGAUCAGCUUGUUUCAAUUGGGAGGCUUAUUACUGAUUUCCAAGAUGCGAGUGAUGUGGCUGGGUCUGCUGUGGCUAAUGGGGAUGAGGCACUUGAUGAUGAUGUGGGUGUUGCAGUUGAGUUUGAAGAGAAUGAAGAUGACGAGGAGGAGAGUGAUCUUGAUAUGGUCCAGGAGGAUGAAGAGGAGGAUGAAGAUAUUGCAGAACCAAACAGCUCUUCAGCUAUGCAGAUGGGUGCCGGGAUAGAUGAUGAUGAUAUGCGGGAAGCUAGCGAGGGCAUGAGCUUGAAUGUUCAGGACAUUGAUGCUUAUUGGCUUCAAAGAAAGAUCUCUCAGGCUUAUGAACAGCAGAUUGAUGCCCAGCAGUGUCAGAAGCUUGCAGAGGAGGUGCUGAAGAUACUUGCUGAAGGGGAUGCUAGGGAGGUUGAGACUAAGCUAUUGUUGCAUCUUCAGUUUGAUAAGUUCAGCCUCAUUAAGUUCUUAUUGCGGAAUAGGUUGAAGAUCGUCUGGUGCACUCGUUUGGCUAGGGCUGAAGACCAAGAUGACCGGAAGAAGAUUGAAGAAGAAAUGAUGGGUUUGGGACCGGAGCUGGCUUCAAUAGUGGAACAGUUGCAUGCCACAAGAGCGACUGCAAAAGAGAGGCAAAAGAAUUUGGAGAAGAGUAUUAGGGAAGAGGCUCGUCGUUUGAAGGAUGAGAGUGCUGGAGAUGAAGAUACAGGUCGGAGAGGCGUGGUUGAUAGGGAUGCGGAAGGUAGUUGGUUAAAGGGACAGCGCCAGUUGCUUGAUCUUGAGAGCCUCGCUUUUGAGCAAGGUGGCCUUUUAAUGGCAAAUAGAAGGACUGAUCUUCCUGUUGGCUCCUUCAAGCAUCUCAGCAAAGGAUAUGAGGAAGUUCAUGUGCCAGUUUUAAAAACUAAACCAGAUCCCAAUGAGAAGCUUGUUAAAAUAUCUUCCUUGCCCGAUUGGGCACAACCUGCUUUCAAAGGGAUGCAACAGCUGAACCGUGUUCAAAGCAAAGUUUAUGAGACUGCUCUUUUUAGUGCAGAGAACAUCCUCUUGUGUGCUCCUACUGGAGCUGGGAAAACUAAUGUAGCUGUGCUGACCAUGCUUCAGCAAAUUGCUUUGAACAGGGAUGCAGAUGGAUCAUUUAACCACAGCAACUACAAGAUUGUAUAUGUGGCACCUAUGAAGGCACUUGUUGCUGAAAUUGUUGGUAAUCUGUCCAACCGUUUGCAAGAGUACGAUGUCAAGGUGAGGGAGUUGAGUGGUGACCAGUCAUUGACCCGUCAGCAAAUCGAAGAGACUCAAAUCAUCGUCACAACCCCCGAGAAGUGGGAUAUUAUUACCCGAAAAUCAGGAGAUCGUACCUACACGCAGCUUGUGAAGCUUCUGAUCAUUGAUGAGAUUCAUCUCCUCCAUGAUAAUAGAGGACCCGUACUUGAGAGCAUUGUUGCUAGAACUGUUAGACAAAUUGAAACCACGAAAGAGCACAUUCGAUUGGUGGGAUUGUCAGCUACAUUGCCCAAUUAUGAGGAUGUUGCGUUGUUCUUGCACGUAGAUGUUAACAAGGGACUAUUUUAUUUUGAUAAUAGUUACAGACCUGUCCCUCUUUCGCAGCAGUAUAUCGGAAUAACAGUCAGAAAGCCACUGCAGAGGUUUCAGUUGAUGAAUGAUGUGUGCUACGAAAAGGUAGUAGCUGCGGCAGGAAAGCAUCAAGUUCUUAUUUUUGUCCACUCUAGGAAGGAAACAGCCAAAACCGCUCGAGCUAUAAGAGAUUCUGCCCUUGCUAAUGAUACUCUUGGUAGAUUCUUGAAAGAGGAUGGUGUGAGCCGUGAAAUUCUACAAAGUCACACUGACAUUGUCAAGAGCAAUGAUCUUAAGGACCUCCUGCCUUACGGUUUUGCUAUUCAUCAUGCUGGCAUGGCGAGGGCAGAUAGGCAACUUGUUGAGGAUCUCUUCGCUGAUGGUCAUGUGCAGGUCUUGGUUUCAACAGCAACUCUUGCUUGGGGUGUCAACUUACCUGCGCACACUGUGAUCAUCAAGGGAACACAGAUAUACAAUCCAGAAAAGGGAGCAUGGACUGAAUUGAGUCCCCUGGAUGUUAUGCAGAUGCUGGGUCGAGCAGGACGACCUCAGUACGAUACCUGCGGUGAAGGAAUAAUCAUCACUGGCCAUAGUGAACUACAAUACUAUUUGUCUUUGAUGAAUCAGCAGCUACCUAUAGAAAGUCAGUUUGUCUCGAAGUUGGCCGAUCAGUUGAAUGCUGAAAUUGUUCUUGGGACUGUUCAGAAUGCUAGAGAAGCAUGCAACUGGAUUGGCUACACAUACUUGUAUAUCCGUAUGCUACGGAAUCCUACACUAUAUGGUCUAGCACCAGAUGUUCUCACUAAUGAUAUUACGCUGGAGGAGAGAAGGGCUGAUUUGAUUCAUACUGCUGCUAGCAUCCUGGAUAAGAAUAAUUUGGUUAAGUAUGACAGGAAAAGCGGAUAUUUCCAGGUUACUGACUUGGGUCGCAUAGCUAGUUACUAUUACAUAACGCAUGGGACAAUAUCCACAUACAAUGAACACUUGAAGCCGACAAUGGGGGAUAUCGAGUUAUGUCGGUUGUUCUCACUGAGUGAAGAAUUUAAGUAUGUGACAGUGAGACAAGAUGAGAAGAUGGAGCUGGCGAAGCUUUUGGAUCGAGUUCCCAUACCUGUGAAAGAAAGUCUGGAGGAGCCUAGUGCCAAGAUCAAUGUCUUGCUUCAAGCAUAUAUUUCUCAGCUAAAGCUUGAAGGGCUUUCAUUAACUUCAGAUAUGGUUUUCAUAACUCAGAGUGCUGGACGUCUUAUGCGAGCUCUUUUUGAGAUUGUCCUUAAAAGGGGAUGGGCACAGUUGGCUGAGAAGGCUCUGAACCUCUGCAAAAUGGUCAACAGGAGGAUGUGGAGUGUCCAAACACCUCUUCGUCAAUUUACUGGGAUUCCUAAUGAAAUUCUUUCAAAGUUGGAGAAGAAGGAUUUAGCUUGGGAAAGGUACUACGACCUCUCUUCACAGGAGUUAGGAGAGCUAAUUCGUGCACCAAAGCAGGGAAGAAUGUUGCAUAAGUUCAUCCACCAAUUCCCAAAAUUGAACCUUGCAGCACAUGUUCUGCCAAUUACUCGAUCUGUCUUGAGGGUUGAACUCACAAUUACACCAGACUUUCAGUGGGAGGACAAAGUUCAUGGGUAUGUGGAACCAUUUUGGGUGAUUGUGGAGGACAACGAUGGCGAAUACAUUCUUCAUCAUGAAUACUUUAUGCUGAAGAAGCAGUACAUUGAUGAAGACCACACCCUGAAUUUCACUGUUCCAAUCUAUGAACCAUUGCCUCCUCAGUACUUCAUUCGUGUUGUGUCAGAUAGGUGGCUUGGGUCACAAACUGUUUUGCCUGUUUCCUUCCGGCAUCUUAUUUUACCAGAAAAGUAUCCUCCACCAACAGAGUUACUUGACUUGCAACCACUGCCUGUGACUGCUUUAAGAAACCCGUCGUAUGAAGCCUUGUAUAAGGACUUCAAGAAUUUCAAUCCUGUUCAAACUCAGGUCUUCACCGUGCUCUACAACACAGAUGACAAUGUCCUUGUUGCUGCUCCAACUGGGAGUGGAAAGACCAUCUGUGCAGAGUUUGCUAUCUUAAGAAAUCACCAGAAAGGACCUGAUAGUAUCAUGCGUGUUGUUUAUAUUGCUCCCAUGGAAGCUCUGGCCAAGGAACGCUUCCGAGAUUGGAAUAGGAAGUUUGGGAGGGAGGGUCUUGGGAUGAAAGUGGUUGAACUGUCUGGGGAAACUGCAACAGACUUGAAAUUGCUUGAGAAGGGCCAGAUUAUCAUCAGCACUCCGGAGAAGUGGGAUGCCUUAUCUCGUAGAUGGAAGCAGCGGAAGCAGGUUCAACAGGUUAGUCUUUUUAUAAUUGACGAACUCCACUUGAUUGGUGGUCAAGGUGGUCCAGUAUUGGAAGUGGUUGUCUCCAGGAUGAGAUAUAUAGCAAGUGAGGUGGAGAACAAGAUUCGGAUUGUGGCUUUGUCUACUUCACUUGCGAAUGCAAAGGAUCUUGGUGAAUGGAUUGGUGCCACUUCCCAUGGUCUUUUCAACUUCCCGCCCAAUGUCCGCCCUGCUCCCUUGGAGAUUCACAUACAAGGAGUGGACAUUGCUAAUUUUGAGGCAAGGAUGCAAGCAAUGACGAAACCGACAUACACAGCAAUUGUACAGCAUGCUAAGAAUGGGAAGCCUGCUCUUGUGUUUGUUCCCACGAGAAAGCAUGUCCGACUUACUGCAGUGGACUUAAUGACUUAUUCGGGUGCAGAUGGUGGGGAGAAUCCUGCAUUUUUACUAAGCUCCUUUGAAGAUGUGGAGACUUUUAUUGACAACGUUAGUGAAGAAACGUUGAGGACCACCUUGCGACAUGGAGUUGGCUAUUUGCAUGAGGGGUUGUCUAGUCUUGACCAACAGGUGGUCACACAGCUCUUUGAAGCUGGUCGUAUUCAGGUCUGUGUCAUGAGCAGUUCCAUGUGUUGGGGGGUGCCCUUGUCAGCAUACUUGGUAGUUGUCAUGGGAACACAAUACUAUGAUGGGCGGGAGAAUGCGCACACAGAUUACCCUGUCACAGAUCUUUUGCAGAUGAUGGGUCGUGCUAGCCGGCCAUUGAUAGAUAAUUCUGGAAAAUGUGUUAUCCUUUGCCAUGCGCCUCGCAAGGAGUACUACAAGAAAUUCUUGUAUGAGGCUUUCCCUGUGGAGAGCCAUUUGCAGCACUUCCUGCAUGAUAAUCUGAACGCAGAAAUUGUUGCUGGAAUUAUUGAGAACAAGCAGGAUGCCGUGGAUUACCUGACUUGGACUUUCAUGUACAGGAGGCUGACACAAAACCCAAAUUACUACAAUCUCCAGGGGGUGAGCCAUAGGCAUCUGUCCGAUCACCUCUCCGAGCUUGUGGAGAAUACUUUGAGCGACCUGGAAGCUAGUAAAUGUGUCCUUGUUGAGGAUGAUAUGGACCUUUCUCCUUUAAAUCUUGGUAUGAUUGCAUCAUACUACUAUAUCAGUUAUACUACUAUAGAGCGGUUCAGUACUUCCUUGACUUCUAAAACAAAGAUGAAGGGUCUUCUGGAGAUUCUUUCAUCUGCUUCAGAAUAUGCACAGCUUCCCAUUCGACCGGGAGAGGAGGAUGCUGUUCGGAGGCUUAUUAACCACCAGAGGUUUUCCUUUGAAAAUCCCAAAGCCACGGACCCGCAUGUGAAGGCCAAUGCUUUGCUUCAGGCUCACUUCUCGAGGCAGCCCGUGGGUGGCAAUUUGGCAUUGGAUCAACGGGAGGUCCUCCUUUCUGCUAGCAGGUUGCUUCAGGCGAUGGUGGAUGUUAUAUCAAGUAGCGGGUGGCUGAGCCUUGCGCUUCUUGCUAUGGAAGUAAGCCAGAUGGUGACACAGGGCAUGUGGGAGCGUGAUUCGAUGCUUCUACAGCUCCCGCAUUUCACCAAGGAUCUGGCCAAGAAAUGCCUGGAGAACCCUGGGAAGAGUGUAGAGACCGUGUUUGAUCUGCUGGAAAUGGAGGAUGGGGAGAGGCAAGAGCUACUGCAGAUGUCGGACUCUCAGCUGCUGGACAUUGCAAGGUUUUGCAACCGUUUCCCCAACAUUGACCUCACCUAUGAGGUACUCAAUAACGAGAGCGUCAGCGCCGGGGACGACAUGACGCUACAAGUGAUGCUCGAAAGGGAUAUGGAGGGGAGAACUGAGGUGGGCCCGGUUGACGCCCCUAGGUAUCCCAAGGCCAAGGAAGAAGGGUGGUGGCUUGUCGUCGGCGACACGAAGACCAACCAGUUGCUUGCCAUCAAGAGGGUGUCUCUUCAAAGGAAGUCCAAGGUCAAGCUCGAAUUCAGUGCUCCUUCAGAAGCCGGGAAGAAGACGUACAGCCUCUACUUCAUGUGCGACUCGUACCUGGGUUGUGACCAAGAGUACAAUUUUACCGUCAACGUAGGCGAAGCUAUGGCCGAUGAAGAGUGAAAAGACCAAAUAGAACAGAGUAGAAAGAUGAUACACUGCACUGAUCCAUUAUUAUUUUCCUUUUGGGUCCUUGAACUUUUUUGUUUCAGCGUCAUGAUUUCCCGCAUCUCAGUUAAGAUCGUUGGCAUGUAUUGUAUUUUAUCGUAGUUGCAUCUGUUAACGUAUGGAUAAUUUUGAUCAGCCGGUCCUGUACAUUCUAAGGUUUCAGCGCGUCGGAUUUUCUUUGGGAUUAA